UUAUGCUAUAAAAUCAGGCUCUCUCGAGGAAGUUCAAAAUUAUAAAAAUACUAAUACUUACAAUAAUAAUGUAAGAAUACCAAGUGCGCCCUCAGUUGUUGUACGUCCAACAGUUUUGCAAGUGAUUUGCAUAUUUUCAUGAAACACUUUGAUGUGCAUAGUGUGACGUCUGUGUACCCCGCGCACAGGCAACUGGUAUCAAGUGGGUUUUUUUCUCCUGUGGGCUUCGAACAGAGAAGACAAAUAUAUCAUUGUCUCUGAAAAUUCUCUCGACUUUCAUUUGUAGGGAGCAUACCCCUGAGGUGUAUCACUGUGGGAGGGUGAUCCCAUAGCAACGUCCCAGCUUUCCAAGAACCAACCGUCUUCCAGCUCAAGCUGUCAUCUUGAAGAGAGUUGCAAUCAGGUUGGAGCUUAACGUCCAAAUGGCGCUUUCGUACUCAUGGAAACCUCUGCACUCCAUUCGUUACCUCAUCCCAAGUUGUGUUUCCAUCUUAAGAGCCGAGUAUCCGAAAUGCAAGGCAGACCUUCUACCGGAACUUGUCAAGCAUGAACUGAACCCUGCGCCUUGCUCGUACGGACUGGUCGAGCACCCAAACGACAAACGCGAUAAAGAAACUCUGGUGGGUCAUGUCCGAUUCCUUCCAGUCACAAACCGACAGGGGGCGGUUUACGCUGAGAGCUUAUGCAUUGAUGUUGAAAAGAGAAGGAAAGGCAUUGGUGAAUUGGGCAUGUUGAGAGUAGAGUAUCUGACGAGAGAGCAGGGAUACAAAGAACUGUUCUUAAGCACCUAUCCCCAUUGCAAAGAUGUCCUCAUCAAGCGAUCUUGGUCCAUCUUCAAGAAACCGCUACACACACUGGGAGCAAACCUGCUCCACACCAACACGUCGGUCAAUGGUGGUCCGAUAUUUGUCAGUUGGCCAGGCAACACACUGUACCCAGGAUGGGAGUGGGUGUACGAAGGGGGUGUCAUGGCAACGGAGGCAGAUUUAGCAGGUGAAUUCUCGGGCAUUGUUUUGGUCAAAUACCUUAAGAGAUAACACGUUUGCACAAACAUAGGCCCUGGAGGUUGGAGCGUUGAAUACUACACAGUUUGGUUCUCUUUGAUGUUCAUGCACCUUAAGGGGCACGCCGACAGCCAAACUCGAAAAUUACAUUUUGAGAAAAUUGAGUUUUAAGUUGGACACGUGCCUUUUUGGACACAUGACUGUGUCGGAGAUGGAAUAAUGCAUGACCAAGGAGAUCAUUUUUGUCUUAUUUCUUGCAAACUUUGAGCAAAAAUCCGUGUUUUUUUUUUUUUUUUUUUUUUUUUAAAUAUGAUGAAUUUCUUGCACUUACAUUGUGUUGCUAGAUAUUAAAUAUUUUAAUGGCAAAAUAGUGUAUUUCAAAUUACAUGUAAUUUCCAUUACACAAUAUAUAUGGCAAAGCGUUUUAUCUAUA